AGGACAGCGCUAACGGUUUGGUGGGUGUGCCGGGGUGUGGCUUGAAGGAAUGAGUGACGUAUUUAAAGGCAGCUGCCAUGCUUAUAGCGUUCUCCCACUCCUCACGUUUUUUUCAACUGAUCGUUCAGAACAACACAGUUUACGUUUAAUUGAACGUUCCACACUGUUUUUUCGUAGGCCUACUGAACACGGUGCACAGAUCCACAAGGACAUGAUCGCCGCUGUUCUAAAAAAGACCCAUCUACGUCUUCUAUAGAACCUAGGCUUUCGGACGGACAUCACUAGGGCAGGAGCCAUGAUUCCUGUGACGGAGUUCCGACAGUUUUCGGAACAGCAGCCACAGUUCCGGGUUCUGAAGCCCUGGUGGGAUGUUUUCACAGACUACCUCUCUGUGGUCAUGCUAAUGAUCGGAGUGUUCGGAUGCACCCUACAGGUGAUGCAGGACAAAAUCAUCUGCCUUCCCCAGAGAAUGUCCAUGCCGAACCAAACAAUACUCUUACCAAAUAAAACCGAGCUGGUCUCACCCGCUGUGCCACAGGACGUGCACGAGAUGAUGGGCCUGAAAACCAACCUGGACCUCCAGCAGUACAGCUUCAUCAACCAGAUGUGCUACGAGAAGGCUCUGCACUGGUACGCCAAGUACUUCCCUUACCUGGUCCUCAUACACACCCUGAUCUUCAUGGUGUGUAGCAACUUCUGGUUCAAGUUCCCAGGCUCCAGCUCUAAAAUAGAACAUUUCAUCUCCAUCUUGGGAAAGUGCUUUGACUCCCCCUGGACUACCAGAGCUCUGUCUGAAGUGUCUGGAGAGAACCCAGAGGAGAAGGAUAAGAAGUGCAGUGCCAGCAGAGCGAUCCUCAACGUGUCUGUAGAGGGGAACCUGGACAACCUGGAGAAGACCCAGUCCCUCAAAUCCAUCCCAGAGAAGAUUGUCGUGGACAAGCCCACAGCUAGUGCCCUGGAAAAGAAGGAAGGAGAGCAAGCCAAAGCUCUGUUUGAGAAGGUGAAGAAGUUCCGCCUGCAUGUUGAGGAGGGGGACAUCCUCUAUAUUAUGUAUGUUCGCCAAACUGUUCUCAAAGUGAUGAAGUUCCUCCUCAUCAUCGCAUAUAACAGUGCGUUGGUCUCUGAGGUGCAGAUCACAGUGAAGUGCAAUGUGGACAUGCAGGACAUGACGGGAUAUAAGCAUUUCUCCUGUAAUCACACCAUGGCCCACCUGUUCUCCAAGCUGUCAUACUGUUACUUAUGCUUCGUGGCUGUGUAUGGAAUCACCUGCCUCUACACWUCCUACUGGCUCUUCUACCGCUCMCUGAAGGAGUACUCCUUUGAAUACGUACGGCAGGAAACGGGAAUCGAUGACAUCCCAGACGUGAAGAAUGACUUUGCCUUCAUGCUGCACAUGAUCGACCAGUAUGACCCACUAUACUCCAAGAGAUUCGCAGUGUUCCUAUCGGAGGUCAGUGAAAACAAACUAAAACAGCUGAACCUGAACCAUGAGUGGACGCCYGAGAAGCUGCGUCAGAGACUGAUGACCAACCACAACAACAGACUGGAGCUGCAGCUCUUCAUGCUGUCUGGGCUUCCAGACACCAUCUUUGAGGUGACAGAGCUCCAGUCCCUGAAGCUGGAGAUCAUCAACAACGUAACCAUCCCAGCCUCCAUCGCCCAGCUUGAAGACCUUCAGGAGCUUUCUCUGUAUCAGUGUUAUUUAAAGAUUCACGCCACAGCCACCUCCUUCCUCAAGGAGAACCUCAAGGUGCUCAGGGUGAAGUUUGAUGACAGCAGAGAGCUGCCUCAUUGGCUGUACCACCUGCGGAAUCUAGAGGAGCUCUACCUCAUUGGCUCACUGAGUCCUGACGCUUCUAAAAAUGUGGUUCUGGAGUCCCUGAGGGAGCUGAAGAAUCUGAAGACCCUGUCACUCAAAAGUAACUUUACAAAGAUCCCCCAGUCCAUUGUGGACGUGUCCAGCCACCUGCAGAGGCUGUAUGUCUACAACGACGGCACUAAGCUGGUGAUGCUCAACAAUCUGAAGAAGAUGGUGAACCUGACUGAACUGGAGCUGGUGCACUGUGACCUGGAACGCAUCCCACAUGCUGUCUUCAGCCUCACGAACCUACAGGAGUUGGACCUGAAAGAAAACAACCUGCACUCCAUCGAGGAGAUAGUCAGCUGCCAGCACCUCCGCAAGCUGACGUGCCUGAAACUCUGGCACAACAGUAUCUGCUACAUCCCAGAACACAUCAAGAAGCUGGGCAGCCUGGAGCGCCUCUACUUCAGUCACAACAAGAUCGAGAUCUUGCCCUCGCACCUCUUCUUAUGCAACAAGCUUCGUUACCUGGACCUGUCCAACAACGACAUCCGGUUUAUUCCGCCGGAGAUUGGUGUCCUACAGAGUCUUCAGUACUUCUCUGUCACAUGCAACAAGAUUGAGAACCUCCCAGACGAGCUGUUCUUUUGCAAGAAGCUCACAACCCUCAAGCUGGCCAAGAAUACGCUGUCAUUGCUCUCACCAAAGAUCUCAUACCUGGUUCUAUUGACACACCUGGAACUGAAGGGCAACCAUUUUGAACUCCUGCCUCCAGAGCUUGGGUUCUGCCGGGCAUUGAAGCGCAGUGGCCUAAUGGUGGAAGACGCUCUGUUUGAAACCUUGCCAUCGGAAAUCAGAGACAAAAUGAAGACUGAGUGAAAUGUCUUACAGUAUCUGUGCAAAAGGCCCUGCGAUAYACUAGCGUCCCGCCCAGGGGGUAUACUUCAAGCUGCAUUAAACUAUAUAAAAAAGUGAUAGGACAGGAGCCAAUGGGUUAUUCUGGCUCGGACAAGCCAACUUACUUGACUGUUCAAAAAGAAAAAGCCUGUCUGGCAAUCGUAGUCAACCAAAAGGGUCGAUUUUACUGUAUUACACAUCACGAUCAAAAUCUAAGCACUGUACCCUAAGUUUGUUAUAGGGGGCAGAUGUGAUAAUCAUGGGUGAAUGUUUUUAGUAUUAUGUCGAAGUCUUACUUCAUGACAGAAGGGAACAUGGCAUUGUGUUGUAAUUAAAUGGUUCUUAACAAUAGGAUUAGUCACAUGCACGGUGUACUUGUACCCAGGCUAACAUUUGACUCCUUAUACCCUGCCAUAUGCCACACAAGGUUUGGCAUGACAUGGAGUGGCAAGGAAUGGAAGGAUAGCACAAACAUAUCUGUUUUCUUCUGUUACAUGUAGUUGCUAGUUGACAUGUUAAUCACUCGUUGCACCUUUUCUGCAUGUUGCUUAUGUUAUGCUAAUUAAGGCCUGCUUUUUAUGGCUAUUGCAUUGCUGCUUGAAUACUUUUCAUUCGUUUUUUAUAUUUUUUAUAUUGUUUUCCUGCCAUGUGCUAUGCUAUGUAGCCCCUGCUAGCCUAGCCUGCUCUAGCUUUGGCCUUCUGUGCCACAUGCUAUUGCAACCCCUUUUCCAUUCGAUUUGUUGUAUUGCUGCUAUAUUUAUGUACAAGCUUUAUUCAUUUACGUUGCAUUUGUAUAUUUUCAUUGCCAUUUGAAAUUCAUACAAAUUAAGUCAAUGAGUUAUGCACAUUAUUACCUGUUCUUAUUUGUACCUUUGUCUCCUUUGUAGAUAAACUAUGCAUACAUACAUACAUGCAUGCAUACAUACACACCUUUUGUGUGUGUGUGUGUGUGUGU